AUGACUCUUAAUAUAUGGGUUUUUGUUUAUCAUUCACAAAAUGCCAUACUUAGCAAACUGUUUAAAUUAAUUAAAUGCUAAAAUUUUGAUACUUAGUCUUUUGUUACUGAUCAUUUAUCUUAGUAUUGUGAUGCUACAUAGCUUAAACUCUCAUAUUAUGUUUUUGCUCCAUUAUACAUUUUAUCACUUUUAAUUCCACAAACACUCUUUCUAUACAAGUUACAUCAAAGGCGCUAUUUUUUAAAGAAUUAUAAAAAUAUAAUUAUCUAUGGAUUCUUUGCAUAGGAAUAUAAAUAAAAGUUUUUCUUUUGGGACUAAGUAAAACUUACUUACAAAACAAUAUUGGGUAUUAUAGCUAUGUUUUCUUAUUAGUUUAAUUAACUAUAACCCGUUUUAUCAAUUAUAGCUUCUCUCACAUAUAGUCUAUUUCUGCUGAUAUGUAAAUAUUUAUUUUAUUUUAAUUUAAUAAUUUUUUUAUUCAAUUCCUAAUUUUAUUUAUUUUUUAAAUUUAGGUUAGCCCUACAAAAAGAAUUAACUCAACUAAAUUGA